AUGGGUAACGGUACUCAGAACCAGAACCAGCAGGGUGGCAGCAAAUCCAGUAUGAGUAAGAGUGAUUCAUCCAGGAUCCAGAGCUCGCAGGCUAAGGGUGGAAACAAUACUGGUCAGGGAUCGUUUGCUGCAAGGGCGCAGUCGGCUGGUGAUAAGAAUGCUGGUGGCAAGGUCGCUGCUAGUGCAAAGAAGUAG